UUUACGACGACGUUAGAGACGAUCCUGGCGAAAUGAAUGAUAAGGAUGACAGUGCUUGGGUAUUCGACUCCUUGAUUGGAUUUUUACAAGGUCCUAUUUGGUCCUCGCCCCUUCUGAGCUUCAUCGAGGAAAAAUCCCUCGUUUUCGAGGCUAACACCGAAGACUGUGAAGAGUAUCGGAAAAUAUAUCAGGAGUACAAAAACUUGGUCGACUUGCUGCUUGGAUGCUUUAUGGAAGAUAUGGGUAUCACACCGGAACAAUUCGAACACGCAUGCACCGUUAACAGAGAUACAAAGAUCCCGAUACAUUUUCAACAAAAUCUAUUCGAACAAAUAUGGGCGGCGAAUGAGUACGAAAUAUUCAAAAGAAUGAUGAUACAAAAGAACUUGGAGCUCCAGCUGCAAGCGCUAAAUAUGAUCGAACAAAAAUACGGUCUCACACCUGCCUCCCUCGUGUACGAGACGGAUGGCUUCCUUGACGACGAACUGGUCAUGGAGGAUUUGAUACACAAACGUGUUCUGGAAGAUCAAAGCGAAGAAGAGCCAGGUAUAUCUUCAGGAACAACAUUGAUCGCUGAACACGAGCGUUUAGCUGCCGAAUAUCACAAUGAAAGAGCAUUAUUGGAAGAAGCAUUAAGAAGAUCGAAAGAUGGCUCCAAGAAUACUUCGGAUGACGAGUCAACCGAAGAAGUUGAGUGUGCUACUAUAUCGGCUGAGAAAAAGCCGUUAGAUAAACUUCAACUCCGGAAGAACGAGCCUCUCAAACCAAUACCGACUUUAAAAAAGAAAUCUACCGAUGAAGAUGAGAUGAAUGCAGAAGAUAUUAAAAAGAGGCAAGAAUACCUGAAAGCCAGGCGAGAUAAACUUGUGGCUUUGAAAAAGGAAGCUAGGAGCCAUCAGCUAGAAAUGAACAAAACUCGUCCGAGCUCCGCUAGAACAGUUGCUGAAGCAACUCUGAAAGGACAGCAAGAAUUGGAAACAGCGCAAGCUAUAGAUCCUUCAAUACUUCAAGUACGAAGGGCUUUAGCAGCCCGAUUGAAAGCUGAAGUUGUGCAUAAAUAA